AGCCGCUCUCCUCCUCUCUCGUGCGUAAACGCGCACACAGCCGCGGACGCACGGCUCCAGCACACGCGCCACCACUGGACACUUUCUCAGAGCGGGAUCUCUCACCCGUGGGUCACUAUAUGGACCCUGCUCCGUGGUGCUCCGUGGCGUUUUAACUCGGACACGUUUUUGUCCCGGAGCAGAGGGGACAUGGCUCAACUCUCUGGGGCCACUCUGUUACCUAUCAGUGCUAUGUGCGUAGUGUUUCUGUGGGAAUCUGAGGCUAGUUCUAUCAGGACCACACUGGGAGUGGACACCUCGAGAACAGAGUGUCCUGAAAGUAAAAUCCUGACAGUGGAAUAUCCCUGUAUGGGAGCUGGAGGCAAGAACAGCACUUGUUUUAGGAGGAAAUGCUGUGAUGGAUUCAGGUUCGUAAUGGGCCAGUGCAUACCAGAAAGUGUGGAUGUGUGUGCUGCUUCCCCAUGUGAACAGCAGUGCACAGAUAACUUUGGAAGAGUCAUUUGUACCUGUUAUCCUGGAUACCGAUUUGACCGAGAGAGACACCGCAACCACAAGUCUCCAUACUGCAUUGAUAUUGAUGAGUGCGAAUUUCCUGACAGCAACAUAUGUGAGCACGAGUGUGUGAACACAGUGGGCAGCUUCUCCUGCCGCUGUCACACAGGCUACAUCCUGGGACCAGAUCAACACUCCUGCAUCCCUGAGCACUUGAGUUCUUCAGGGAAGUCAGAGACUCUGAUGAGUGCUGGGGCCUGCUCCUUCACCUGUCAGGACUUUGUCAACAUGAAGAACAGUCUGCAGCAGCUCAAGUCAAAACUGGGCAGCACACAGACAUCAAACCAGGUCUCUGGCUUAGCCAACAGCAGUGAUAAGCGAUCUCAUGGGAGAACAGGCAAAGCCUCUGCUGGCUUAUGUCCUUCUGGCCUUCCGGGGCCACCAGGGUCCCCUGGAGUUCCAGGACACCCAGGUGAACCAGGGAGGAGAGGUGAGCCAGGAGAGAGGGGGCCACAAGGCCCUCGUGGUGACAUAGGACCCAUGGGUCCAGAACCCGACCUGAGGCACAUCAAGAGAGGCCGCAGGGGAGCUGUGGGUCCUCCAGGAGCACCAGGAAAAGAUGGACUAAAGGGUGAAAGAGGAGCACCAGGCCCCACUGGUCCGCCGGGUCCACCAGGUUCCUUUGACUUCCUCCUGCUCAUGAUGGCCGACAUCCGUAACGACAUCAUCGAGUUGCAGGAGAAGGUGUUUGGGGAGAGGCGAGGUCUCACUCUGGACGCCUCCCCUCACCCUGGAGCAGAGGAGGACGUUUUGGACUGGGGAUCUGGACAGGGCGACGUCACGCUAAACUCAUGACCUUUGGCUUUCUUGACCACUGUGUUCGCAAAAGCACUAUAGGACACUAGAUGAGGACCAUGGCCACAUCAAACUGAUAUGCCAUAACUGUGAGCAGCGGACAGAGGAUUACCUGUUACAAAGUGGACCACAGACUGUCUGGCUGCAGGCACUUCCCCGGCCUCUUUCAUAUUUCAUGGAUAGAGAGGUGGAAUGUGCGUGCGGGCCCAUGAGUGAGGAAGAUGCUGCCUCUGCCUUUGUGUCUCUGAGCUAAACCACUUCAAACGGCACACUUUAUCGUCUACAUCUCUUCCUGUUUGGGACGUGUGUGUGUGGGAUGGGUGGAUAUAGGGUCUGUGGGCCAGGCCUGGGAGCCCCUCCGCACCUGUGGGCAGACCUGCAGCAGAUCAUCACCUCACAUGAGGUCUAUAUGAGCUGGACAGUGACCUCUUUUCUAUUUUUGAUAUUGUUCAGAUAAAUUAACUUAAAGGUGUCAGAUAUUAAAUUGUCUGUUAGGUCUAUUAUACUGUAUUCUAUGUAAGUGAAUAUGAUAAUGGGAAAGUUACCAAAUGAAUUAUGGUAAUAUGGUCAAAUCUGUUUUUCAAAUGUGAUGGCUUUUGGAUUGCAUGAUUAUAAGUGUUAGUAGAAAGGUUGCCUCCGUUACAUAGAUUUUCAAAUCUAUAUAACAGACUUACAAAUUACAAGUUAAAAAUGUAUCUUGGGUUGGCAAAUAG